UAAUGUCAGAAUUGGAAAGGAAUUAAAAAUAAAAAAAGCAAAGAAGUAACCACAGCCAUGGAAUAAUAAACAGAAUAAAAAUUUAUCUAAUCGACAUAAUAAUAGUAUUUAAAACAACUGAAAUUAGAUAGGAUGAGGCUAAACUUAAAAAAAAAAUUUUAAAUUAUUUUCCAAAAACUCAACAAAUCAAAAAAGUAGGUUAAAUUGAUCAAGUGAGAGAAAGCGCUAGAAAUAAUUAAACUAAAGUGAAAAAAAAUAUAUAAAUAUAAGCUAAAUUAGGAAUAAAUAAAAGAAGACUAGAUAUGAAAAUUCCAGUUAGUAUGAAUCAUCACCAUGAUAAAAAAAUCAAUAGAUAAUGGCUAAGAAAUCUCUUUUGA